AUGGCUUCCGGGACGAUUGUCGCUUUCCUGACCUACUUAUGGUCGGCGUCUUCGGGGCGGAGUCUCGCCCUCACCCAGUCGGGCGGAGGUGCCGCCACUCAGCCCCGCCACACUAGUUCCACCGGCUCCCGCAAACUGCUCCAAGUGCUCCCCCCCCGGUACGUCUGCUUGCAGGCGGGAUUAAACCCGUGCGUGCUAGCGCCAGACUCUCCUCUUCUGCCAGUACUAGUUCCCGCUAUAAUUCCCGCGAAUUUUACAUUUUGCUGCCCCGCGCCACCUAUGGUCUCCCCGCAAGCCACGGCCGCCCUGCCGGGUUACUGCCCCCCCUACACAAGAGCUUCGCAGCUUUUCGAGCUCUGCGCCUCUGCGUCCCCGGUCACCGGUCUUCCCCCAGUCACGCCAGCGCCCACUCCGAGUACUCCCGGAGAGCUCCCCCCCGGCUCCGUCUGCUCGGAGGGAUUGAACCCCUGCCGGUUAGAACCACUUUCUCCUCUGAGUGGAUACUUCUCGAGCGUUCCGAAUGUCAGAUUUUGCUGCGGGCCACCGACGAUCUCACCGCAAGCCGCGGCCGGCCUGCCGGUUUACUGCCCCGUCAGAGCUUUUUCGGACCUUGACCUCAACUGUGCAUCACCGUUCCUGGCCACUCUUCCCCAAGUCACGCCAACGCCCACCCCGGGUAUACCAGUUGUAUGCCCGGCGAACUCCACCGCCUGUAUCUUUCCGGGCCAGAACCCGAACGGCCAGCCUGUCUGCUGCCCGGGGACUACUUGCCCGGCCGCUUUGAACAUGAUGAUCAACUGCAGUCCUCUUUAG